GAUCGUUUCCGUUUUUGCGAACUAACUGGCCAGUGGUACAAUAUUGUAACUGAAUAGCCCACACCGCAUCAAAUUUCCACAUCGCCCAUAAAUACCCUUGACGGCGUCGCACGCUCAUUUACUUUUACUUCAACCGAUUCUAGACUGUUAAAGCGGUAAAACAAUUUGUUUUGUCUGUUCCAUGAAAGCGAUUGUGUAGCCAAGAGUAUCCAGCUGAUUAUCCAAUAAUUUCGUGCCUGCUUGUAAUGACUCUUCGACUCGUCACCUUUGCGGUGCUGUCGGCAUUAGCCGCGGUACGAGCGCAGGAAGAUCUCAUACGGAUGAUGAUGCUGUCCAGUCUGUUGUCGGGUGGAGGAUUUGGAGGCGGCGGACAGUCCGCUCCGCAGCAGAAUACUCACAUGAUGACUGGCUUCGAAGGGGAUCCGCGCAGUAGCGGCGGAAGUGCAACGGGGAUUUCCUCGCAGUCGUCUAAUCCGGGCGGUCUGUUCGGUGGACUGAUGGGGCUUCUGUCGCGUAACGCUGGAGGAAAUGCCGCGCCUCUGCUUCUGGAUGUCGACGGUGAUAUUCUCCGCUCUCAGUUAUGGCAACGUGGCCUUUUAGGAGGAACUGGUGCGGGAAGUCCCGGGGCGGGUCACGCGGAAGCCGGUCCCGCAUCGCCGGUAAACCACCGAGACGCCAGUCCCGUUAACAGCCCACUGGUCAACGGGGCUGCGCCCAGCGGAACGGGUGCGCACCCUGCCAGAGCGCGAUCCAUGCCCCUGCAUAUCGAAUUCGCUAGCAACGCCGGUCCGGCUGAAAGCAAACCUGCCAACGAAAGACAGAACUAUGCCUCAAGUUCGAAUCAUGCAACUCCUAAAAACCAGUAAACGAUGGACCCAUGGAUGAUUGACCUCACUUCCUGGCUCCUGUAGUAGUAUUCGUAGAUAAACAUCCUGCUUGUGUUUGUUGAAACUGCAUAUUAAUGAUAACUAAU